AUGGGUUUCCUCGAGACCUUCCUCCCGAAAAAUGACCGUUUUGCGGCCCUGCUGCUGUACGGCAUGGUCUUUUGCACCUGUUUCAAUGGAUACGAUGCAGGGAUCAUGACGGUCAUCUUGGCCGACAAGCAGUUCACCCAAUAUUACAAUAUUGACUCCAACAAACAAGGUCUUGUGGCGACAAUACCGUGGGCAAUGACCGGUGUUGCCCAACUCUUCCUUGGCGGUUCGCUUGCCAGCUGGUUGGGCCGUCUCUGGGCACUUCGCGUGUCCAUUAUUAUCAUGAUCAUUGGAGUGGUUGUGGAGGUUGUUCCGAAUACCUUUGGAGUCCUAAUCCUUGGAAGACUUCUGACUGGCCUCGGGUUUGGCUGUGUGUACAUUGCAACGAACCUGUAUGUCGCAGAGUGCGCACCUACCAGACUUCGUGGCAGCUUCGUUGGUACGGUGGCCCAGUUUGGUUACCAACUGGGUACUCUCAUUGCUUUUUGGGCUGGUUACGGGAUGUCAUUCCACAAGUCCCCUUACAACAUCGCAUGGAGAGUAUCCAACAUCAUCCAGAUCCCAAUUGGACUUACUUUCAUCUUGGUCUCCUUCUUCUAUCCAGAAAGCCCUCGUCAUCUGCUCGAGAAAUACCCGGAAUCCCCGGACCGAGUUCUUUUGGUUCUGGCCAGAUUGCGAUCCUCCUCUCCGACAGACGAGGCAGUGCGAGCAGAGUUCCAUGAACUUGUUGCCUCGAGGGAGUACCGUCGUCGUUACGAUCCAGGUUAUGUUGGCCUCUUCAAGAACAAGGCGAUGCGAAAGCGACUCCUCUUGGGAUUCUACGCGGCAGGUCUUCAGCAGUGUGGAGGCAUUGCAGCGCUCACCAUGUACGCUGCUUUGAUCUACCAAAGCCUUGGAUGGAACUCUGGUUCGCAGGCAUUGGCCAUCAAUGGCAUCCAAGCCGUUCUUCAACUGCUCAUCGUCCUAGUCAACACUUUUACGGUGGACCGUUUCGGCCGCAGAACGCUUCUUUUGGCGGGAUUUACGAUUCAGGCUCUCGCGUUGCUGAUUUUAGCCUCUUUGGUUACGGCCUUCCCAGAUAACACCAAUAAGCCUGCCGCAGUGGUCGAGGUGGCCAUGCUUUUCAUCGUCGGGUUGACCUAUUGCUGGUCGAAUGGCCCCAUUGCAGCUGCUGUAGUAUCGGAAAUUUUCCCGCAGCAUGUCCGAGAUAAGGGUUUCGGUCUUUCCAUGUUGGGCCAAACCUCCUGGCUCAUUCUUCUCACUCAGCCAUGGCCCAAGUUCAACGACACGGUCGGUGGAAAAAGCUACUGGCUACUUUUCGGUCUUAAUGUAGCUGCUGGGCUCUCCGUCUUUUUCAUCCUGCCGGAAACUAAGAACAUAUCCCUCGAGCGGAUGGAGAGGAUCUUCGGCGGUGUCGACUUUGUGGAAGAAGGCGAGCGCGAUCCCGGUGCGAGCAAGCUCGAAUCUCAAGCCGUUCUCACCCAUAAGGUUGAGGAAAAGACGACCACACAUGUGGAACAGGUCAACGAAAAAGAAACGGCUGCUGCUCCCCCGGAGAGAUCUCCUGUCUGA